AAAUAACUCUAUAAAUCUCACUAUGCACUAACCUCUUGUGCUAUGCCUUGUCAAUCCUUUGCCCAAUAACUUCCAAAGUUUCUAACUUUUGUUAGGAUUUAAUUUCACUAACCUACAAUCUAAGCUAAUACAUUUUACUAUAGCUACAAGUUUUUUCACCAUCUUUCAUCAUUAUAGUGUUUUUUUUUUUUUCCCAUGCAUCCUUGGAUUCUGUCGCUCGGCGUGUCUUCAUCAAGCAAUAAUAUCUUCGCGACACGCUUAAAUGUCACAUUUCCUUCAGCUCGAAUGCAUGCAUUAGUAGACAGAACUUGUAAGGUCCAAUGUGAAUGUCUUGGAAAACCUUUCAGAGAUGCCUUGAAAAAAUUAAACAAGAUAAGUCCAGCCACACAGCAAACAAAUGACGUUUGGAAUCAUUAAUCAAUUAACUACCAACCUCAUUGGUUUACCCUCCAGAGACAUCAUCACAUGGGAUUCCCCCAUCAAAGAAGGGGACAGCCCCAGCCUUCACGACCCUCCCUGUAUAAGAGGCCAAACCACCGGCUGCUUUCAAGGCUCACAGAGAAAGUAGAGAAAACGAGAGAGAGAGAGAGAGAGAAAUCCACUGUCACAUCUCUGCACCCUCCCAGCCCUUAUGAGCUGUAGCUGCCAUAGCUCUCCUUUGCUUAAAAGGAAGCCAAGAGCAGCACUCCAAAGUGUGACACCAAGAAAGGCCUAGAGAUCCCUCAGCCGCAAGCUCGCUCGCUCUCUUUCUUUCUCCGUCCACCCAUUCCCCUGCGUCUAAAGAGACCUCUAGCUUUGGCUCUGAAAUGGGGUUCCCCAUGGGCUACUCCGAGCUCCCAAAGCUCCUCCUCCACCUUCUCUUCCUCCUAGGCCACCUGAGGCGCUUCAUCUCCUGGGCCUUCAACUCCCUCGGCCUCGGCAGCCUCGACUCCGAUGCCCAAUGGCUAGACACCACCACCCACCACCAGCAGCAGCAGCAGCAGCAGCAACCCCACCAAUUAGAAUCCAAUUCGGUGUCGGCCGAGCUGAUCCGAGAGAUCCUGCCGGUGCUCCGGUUCGACGACCUGGUCCUGGAGGAAGGCGGCGGGCGCCAGAUGCCGGAGAGCUGCGCGGUGUGCCUCCACGAGUUCGAGGGGGAUGCGGAGGUGCGGCGGCUGAGCAAUUGCCGCCAUGUGUUCCACCGGUGCUGCCUCGACCGGUGGGUGGAGCACGACCAGCGCACCUGCCCCCUCUGCCGAGCUCCCGUCGUCCCUGAGGAGUUUCUGGACGAAUUCCCCAAUGUCUGGGCCGACGGCUCCUCCGAUGAGUAUUACUACUCCUUUUCCUCACCGUCGGCAUCUAUACUUCUUCCCCUUCAGUAUUAUUCCUCAUAGAAGUACUGGUAGAAAUGAAAGAAGGGAAGGAAUGAAUGAAGGAAUGGACUGGUAGUGUAUAUAGGAGAAGAAAGUAGUGAAAUCCAAAGGAGAUGGCAGUUGGAGUGGAGAGGGAGAGACUGGCUGCUUUCCUUUUCCCUUCUUUUGUUCUUUGUACAGUGUUGGUUGGUGAUGACUUCUGUGGAGGGAAUUUUGAUCGAUGGUGCUUGGUUUCUCAUCUGCAAGGACCGAUGGGAAUGAGUUGGUUUGUAGGAGAAAUGGAAGUGGAUUGGAUUGGAUUUGGAUUUGGAUUUGGGGAAAGAUUUGCAUUUAAGGUCUGUUCAGAGUAUUCCGAAAUCCUUGGAGAGGAGAGGAUGGACUGGUUUGAUUGGGUGCGGCUCGAAGGGUCUGCUCUCAACUUGCAAACUAUACUUCCAUGGUCAGACACAGCAAGGCUGAAGACACAGGAAGAAGAGAAGAAUCAAGAAAUGGCUUUCUUUUUCUUUUUAUGUUUUUUGUAAUCUUGCUCUCCUUUCUCUCUUUUCUUUUUUCUUUUUUUUCUCUCUCUUCACCCCUCUCUCUCUCUCUCUCUCUCGUUAUUAAAAACCUUCCAUCGACUGCUUGUUGGAUUCUGACUUGUUUAAUGAAAUUGAGAAUGGUUUGUUUAA